AUGGGCUCCUUUUUUUCAACGGAGCAAAAUACUGAGUCAGAACCUUUGAGGAAUUCACCAAAUGAACAGAAUACAAACCUGAGCAACACUUUGGAAACUCAAGAGGAGAACAGCGGUUCUCAAAAUCUGACCAACAAUUUGGAAACUGAACAACCGACCUCCUGGGAAAUUGAAGAGCUGACCAACGCUUUGGCACUUGAAGCUGUGAUGCGUAGACGCAGGACCAGAGCUUUAAAUGAAUAUAUGAGGACCAGAGCUUUAAUUGAACAGCUGAUGAGGGAUUCUCAACAGCAGCGCAACAAUGUGACACCUGAGCAGAGGGUUAGUGAUGCUGGACAACAGAGCAACAAUGCAGCAACAGGAGAGGAGAAGCGUUAUGACCCCGAAGACACCACACUGGUUUUUGUUGAUGGAGAAGAUGACAUGGAUUUUUUGGACGAUGACUUUAAGUCUCUCAGAGCCAAGAUGUCCUGCGGUCACACUGUCACUCCAAUGUCUCUCACCAACUGGUGUAAGUGGCUGCUGGACCAGGAUAAGGGCAGAUUUGUGUGUGGUCACUGUAAAGCUGAGUGGCCGUAUGAGGAGGUUCGUAAAAUGGCUCUUCUGACCCCUGAAGAAAAGGCGUACUUUGAAAAGAAAAUGUUCCAAUUUUCCAAGAAUAACUUGGAUGUCAAAUCAUGUCCUGGAUGCGAGUCUUAUGUGAUGAGAGCCGACCCGAAUAAUCUACAGGUCGACUGCAUAUCGUGCAUGAUAGAAAAACAUAAGGCCUUUACAUUCUGUUGGCGGUGUUUGAAUGAAUGGAAAGAUCCAGCAGCAAGUUCUGACCACUGUGGAAAUAAGGGGUGCCAAAACCCGCUGGAAAUACUGAGAACCUGCCCUGAUAUCACCUUUGAUGAUGUGAGGGGGGUCACUGGCUGUCCCUCCACCCGAGCCUGUCCCACCUGUGGUUUGCUGGUGGAGCAUAACGGAACUAAAUGUAAAAACGUCACAUGUCCUCAAUGUAAAGUGGAGUUCUGUUUAGUGUGUCUGAAGCUCACUGAAGAGUGUGAGAAGGUGGACGAAUAUUCAUAUUUUGAACCUUGCUCCACUGGUGUAGCACCAAGACAGACCUCCAUACCUGUAUGGAACAGGAAGUAGGCUGGAUGCACUAACUUCUGUUGAUUUAACACUCUGCUCUUUAAAAAAAAAAAAAAAAACGCACCUUUACUGCAUUUUUAUAUAUUUACUGUGUUUGAAGAUAUUUCACAGACCCAUUAAUAUUGACUGUUUAAUUUUAUCAAAGAUUUAGCCUCUGUAACCACAUUAUGCCAUAUUUCUUUCUAAAUUAUUUAUAAUACCUAUACUACGACUAUUAAUGAUCCUUUUAAAGAGAUGUACAGACCACUCCAAUAAUGAUUAAACAGUAGACAGUGGAGCAGAUGAGCUUGACAUGAAACUUUCUGGGUGAACUGUGUGUAGCAAACUUCUUCUUUCUUUGUCUUGUAACAUUAUAUCAUCAUACAACAAUGAUACUCAGCUAUAUACCAACUUUGAGCCUAAAACAUGAUUUCUCUGUACAAAUUUUAAAAUAUGCACAAAUAUCCAUUCAUUUUACUACAUAUUUUGCAGUGCAAUUGUUAACAGAUAUUUUAACAUCUAUAAUGUAAAUUCAUAUGUUUUCUGUGUCACAGUCAUUAUAUACUAUCAUAAUUAAUCCUGUUCAUGUUUUAUUUACUGUUUGUUUUGACAUUUUUCCUCAUUAUGCUAUUAUGUCAUCAUUUGUUAUCAUUAUGUGUGGGGCAGGAAGCAA